CGUAGCAGAAAUGGGAGACGAAGGAAAACAAAUGUCCCUUUAUGGGAAAUCCUACCUAUCACCCGAAGAGAUGGCUGGACUGUGGAAGAAUGUUCUUCAGAGGACAGAAACCAUUCGGCUUAACCACCUGGCAAAUAAAGGGGACGGGUCCAAACAUUGGUCAGGAGUGAAGCAGUGGUCACGUCAUGAAUUGGAGACUCUGAAAGACACUUUCUUUGGAAAGAGAACAAGAGGAACUGUGGCCGAUAGUUUUUCGACAUAUGAUAGACUGUUUCACCCGAGAGAAGAAUACGACAGUAAGAUCCACCGAGAUGAUCGGAACCAUAUCCUGAAAAUCGGAAUUGCCGUUCACGAUGAGGAGAAAAAUAGGGUAUGGCCAGUUCUGAGUUCCUCGGCUUAUGGACGAAGAUUAGAUUGUUGUCUGGAACCUUUCUGUAGAUCGCAUGUCAGGAUCGAACACGUGGCACAAGGCUUCUCCUACACUCGCGGAACAGGACUCCCCCCCAAUUGAGAAAUCGUGAAAUAAUGUUCAAAACUAGAAGAAAAACAUCUGAUGUAAUCGCACAUGUAAACUUUAAGUUUAAUUUUCACAAUCAAAGUAACAUGCUUAAAAAAUAUUCAUAAUAACAUCGAAAUAUUAUAUAGUACGAUAAAUUAUGUUGGAAUUCGAAAUUAAUAAGAUUUUAUUGAUAUGAUU